AUGAAAAAAUAAAGUCUAAGACAGAUGAGUCCCAAAAAACAAGAUCUUCAUCUAUUGGAUAUUUAAAUUAAUCUUAAUUUGCCAAAAAGAAAGAUAGCUCCUUUUUCAAAAGAGAAUAAUAAAAUAAAAGAUAAGACAGUAUUGAUUCAGCUAUCUUAGAUUAAAUAGAGCUAAAUUAUGAAAACGAAAAACAAAAAUACCAAAGUUUACUUGAAAAAAAGGCAUAAAUGUAAAAGCAAAAAUUUGAGCACCUUGCUAAAUCAAAAGGGUACUUUUACCUAGAAAAUUCAGAUAAUUAAAAUAAAAAAUAUGAUUAAUAUGAAAUGUUGA